GCGGGAAGCAGUUGAUUUUCUCCCUCAUUAUUCUUUUUCUGCCGCCACAGUCCACAACAUCCCCAUUCAUUUCAUUUUCUCUGCAAAUCUCCACACACACAAGCAAUGGGAAUCAAGGGUUUAACGAAGCUAUUAGCCGACAAUGCCCCCAAAUCCAUGAAAGAGAACAAAUUCGAAAGCUACUUUGGGCGAAAGAUCGCUGUUGAUGCCAGCAUGAGCAUUUACCAGUUCCUUAUUGUUGUGGGAAGAAGUGGAACUGAAAUGUUGACUAAUGAAGCUGGCGAAGUUACUAGCCAUUUGCAAGGGAUGUUUUCGCGGACAAUCAGACUUCUAGAAGCCGGGAUGAAGCCAGUAUAUGUGUUUGAUGGGAAGCCACCAGAUAUGAAGAAACAAGAGCUGGCAAAACGUCUCUCGAAGAGAGCCGAGGCCACUGAGGGUUUGUCGGAAGCCAUAGAGGCUGACAAUAAGGAAGAUAUUGAGAAAUUUAGUAAACGGACAGUAAAGGUGACAAAGCAACAUAAUGAUGACUGCAAAAGACUUUUAAGACUCAUGGGAGUGCCCGUUGUUGAGGCACCCUCAGAAGCAGAGGCUCAGUGUGCUGCUCUUUGCAAAGCUGGAAAGGUUUAUGCUGUGGCUUCUGAAGACAUGGAUUCCUUAACGUUUGGAGCUCCUAAAUUUCUUCGCCAUCUAAUGGAUCCUAGCUCAAAGAAGAUUCCAGUAAUGGAGUUUGACGUUGCAAAGAUUUUGGAGGAGCUAAAUCUGACCAUGGACCAAUUUAUUGAUUUAUGUAUUCUUUCCGGGUGUGAUUACUGUGACAACAUUCGAGGUAUUGGGGGGCUAACAGCUUUGAAGCUCAUACGUCAACAUGGCUCUAUUGAAAAUAUACUGGAAAACUUAAACAAAGAGAGGUACCAGAUACCAGAUGACUGGCCGUAUCAAGAGGCUCGACGACUUUUUAAGGAACCAAUAGUCUCAACUGAUGAUGACGAACUUAAUCUUAAGUGGUCUGCUCCAGAUGAAGAAGGUUUAGUAACAUUUCUGGUAAAUGAGAAUGGGUUCAACAGUGACAGGGUAACAAAGGCAAUAGAAAAAAUUAAAGCAGCAAAGAACAAGUCAUCCCAAGGCCGACUGGAAUCAUUUUUUAAACCAACUGCAAACACAUCUGUACCCAUCAAACGGAAGGAAAGCAAAUGCAUGCUUAGAUCUUUCAAACCAGCAAUUGAUCAUAAGAUGUCCUCUCUGCAAAUUUCUAACUGGUCAAGGCCCAUGAUUUUUGGGAAGUUGAGCAUGCCGGUCUAUAAUCUGGGUUCCAAGCUUUCUGUGCCCAUUGUCUAGAGGUGUUUGCUUUGGUCCCUGAAGCUGAAUUGUCCUGGAAACUCCAGUGAAUGAUGCUAAAGGAACUAACAAGAAAACUAAGGCCAGUGGCGGUAAGAAGAAAAAAUAGCUGGCUUUGUAUCUUACAUUGGUCGAGUCAUUUACAUGUUGAUCAGGUUAGUUUGUUCUGGAUGUUUCUUUCCUCACUGCCUAAUUUAUGUGACUGUCCAUUUCGUACCUAUUUACAUCUGUAGCUCUGCCUCUCUUUUCUCUGGUUUCUUGCAGUUUGUUUGAAGGAUAAUCAAUUUGUAAUAGUGAUGCUCAGUCUUCCAAAUUGUAUAAUAUUUAUGUGAAAUAGAUUCGAGGAAUUUGACUAAUAUAAGUUAGAGAAUUCUGGUAUUUAACAAAUCGAGAUACAGUGCUUCACUUGGUAGAGAUGCUCUUAAUCUUCCCUUUUUUUGGGGCUUAAUUUGACUUAACAUUGUUUUUCCUA